AUGAGCCUCACCCGACUGCAGGGAGCAGCCAAGCUGCAGCAAGUGACUCGGCUGCUUGCCUCUCUCAAGGAUGACCUCAACGAGAGCCACCUUACCCCAGCGCAGAAAAGCGAAAUUCUCUUACAAUUACGCCAGCAUGGCACGAGUCCUGUUGACGCUGGGCCGAUUUACAGCAGUGAAGGAAUUAAAUUGUUAGCGCAAUACGGUCUCAACGGAGAAACGGCCGACGUUCGCCGUGCCGCGUUGCGCUGCGUUGCCAAUGCCCUCCUCCUUGAUACAAACAUGCGUCAGGCUUUUGUGGAUACCGGAUAUGGGGGCAAACUAGCAGAGAGACUGAAGACUGAAAACUCGGAGGACGAGAUGAUUACAAGUCGAAUCUUGUUUCUUUCAACUUAUGACAGCAACUUGGACUUCGACGCCCUUAUCAAGAAUCAUUCACUCGGAGACAAUGUCAACUAUCAACUGGCCCGACAUGCAAAGCAAUUCCCCAAAUCCGGGCGAAAGCCACUCACGCAGAUGGAUGAGCUGGCUCUAAUUGAUACCUUGAAGCUUGUCUUCAACGUUUCAAAACUGUUCCCCGACCUCGCCAGCACGUUUACCCCUUCGAUCCAGCCCAUCUUAAAAAUCAUCAGCAGGAUGGACAUUCCGGCAAAACCCCUUGAUGGUUUAAUGAGCUAUUUGAUAAACUCCUUAUCUGUCCUCGAUCUGGAGGGCAAGAAAGAGAGUCACUUUGAGAGCAAUCCGUUGUUCCCCAAAUUCAAUCAGAACUGUAAUGUUGAUAAGUUGAUCAACAUUCUCGAUCGGGCAGUGUCACUUUACCGCCCCGAGGAGCUGGAGGAGAAAGCAGUCCCACUCCUGCACUCGCUCAUUGUCGUCCAUGAAGUCGCCCCGGACGGCCCCCGAAAGUAUAUGCAAUGGCUUCUCCUGCCAGAAGAUAAUGAUCGCAGCUUGCCAAUUGGACGCUCCGACACGCUCGCCUCGAAGUUGUUACAGCUUUCGACAAGCCCUUACCCAAAUCUUAAAACAGGAAUUUCCGAACUCAUGUUCGUUCUUUCAGGCAGGGACGCCGAGAACCUCACCCGAAAAAUCGGGUACGGAUUUGCUGCUGGGUUCCUCGCUUCUCGUGGAAUGGAAAUUCCUCAGACUGCUGGCGAAGCGUUCGCAACAAAUGGCGCCGGCGGCCUCGAUCUUGAGGUGAAUCCCGUCACUGGCCAACGGUUGGCAGCCGAGCCAAAGGAUUCGGGCCCACCCAUGACCGAGGAGGAGAAGGAGAGGGAGGCUGAAAGACUAUUUGUCUUGUUUGAAAGGGCGAAAGCGAACGGUCUCAUCAGCGUGGAAAAUCCCGUGGCGCAGGCAGUCCGCGAGGGGAGAUUCGAGGAACUCCCAGAUGAUGCCGAUAGCGACUAG